UUUGUAUAUUUGCAAAAACAAAACACAGUGGAAGAUGCCGGGAGGAGGGUUUGCCAAUGAGACAGUCUUCGUUGAUGAGACGGUUGUUGAUGUGGCCCGAAAGAUAAUCCAGAUACAGGAAACGGACGAUCCGUUCUUCGUAUGUGACGUCAGAGAAGUGGAGCGGAAGGUGACGCUAUGGAAGCAGGAACUGCCUCGCGUGAUGCCCUUCUACGCCGUGAAGUCUUGCAGAGACACCGUCGUCCUGGAGGCCCUGAAUGUUCUCGGUGUGAACUUCGACUGUUCAAACAGGGAAGAGCUUCAGACGGCCUUCGACAUGGGAGUCGAUCCAAAUCGCAUCGUGCUCGCCAACACUGCCAAGUGCACUUCAGAUCUGAGAUUCGCCGAGCAACACGGCGUCGCCCUCAUGACCGUCGACUCGGAGGAAGAAUUGUAUAAGAUAAAAGACCCAGAAGCUAGGUUAAUGCUGCGCAUCACCACCAACGAGGCUGGUAGUCAGAUGACGAUGAACACGAAGUACGGAUGCACUGUGGAGGAGGCGAAGACAGUGCUACGAACUGCGCAGCGCCUAGGCUUGAAUGUCGUCGGUGUUUCGUUCCAUGUUGGUUGUGCCUUCAAGCACCCCGAAAUUUUCGCGUUCACCAUCGAGUCCGCUAAAGCCGUAUUCGACGUCGGCAGUGAAUUUGGAUUCAAGAUGUCACUGCUCGACAUUGGUGGCGGAUUUCCUGGCGGUCUUCGGAAACACGACACAUUCUUAAAGGUAUGUGAGGCUGUCCGGUUGUCAAUCAAUCGGCACUUCCCCGAGUCGAGCGGAGUGCGGGUGAUCGCCGAACCUGGUCAGUUUUUCGUUACAUCGGCUUUCACUUUGGUCACCAAGGUUGUCGGGAAAAGAAAACGGGACAUCGUCUUUGAUGGUUUCUCCUACGCACACGAAGAUGUCUUUAUCAACGAAAGCAAAUUCAACUCCAUUCCUCGUGGAAUGUUCCAGUACCUAGACGUCACAUUUCGUCCAUUGGACCCGCCCUACGAUCGGCCUCGCAACGUCCUCACGACCGUAUGGUCGACGUCGGGCAGCCCUCUGGACCGCGUUCGAGACAAGGACCUCCUCUUCGACGUGGCCGUGGACGAGUGGCUUUUGAUGGACAACAUGGGGGCCUACUCCCUCGUCCUCACCUGCGGCUUCAACGGCUCCGGGUUUCCGCCCGUCAAGUACAUCGCGUCUGCAGCCAGCGCGUCUCGAGUCCAGGCCGUCCUGGACUCGUCCGCUGUGAGCACCGGCUACGGACAGCUUAAUCAGGCGCUCAACUCCCGCGGCAACAAAAAACCGUAGUUCGAUGAAGCCGGAACAUUGUGUGCUUCAAUUCGAAAGCUCUAAGGUGCUUCAGAAUCGGCUUGCUAGAAAAGCAUCUCAGUCGAG